AUGUCGCAUACUAACACCAUCACACAGUCUCCCGCAACCGUCCGCGCGUCGACGAAUAGAAUUUCGCACCCGAACAUCGAAUUGCAGCCUGUAGAUCAAGCUGCGCUGCGUAGCCAAGCUCGUCAGCUAGGUGACAAAACCUCGGAAUGCAUCGAUCCUGUAGAGUUCCUACCACAGCCCUCGACCACCGUGUCGGUGACAGAGCGAUGGAACAACCCUCGAGCCAAUAUCUUUCGCACGCUUGCUACCUUGUUCGCUUUCACCAUCAUGGGCGCCAACGAUGCUGCUUAUGGCGCCAUUAUUCCGUACCUGGAGGAAUACUAUGACCUGACCUAUGUCGUAGUAUCGCUUGUCUUUCUCUCGCCUCUAGGCGGCUAUGUUGGUGCGGCUCUUCUGAACAACUGGCUCCAUAUGCGUUUUGGCCAGCGGGGUAUCGCUUUCCUUGGACCGACUUGCCACAUUGCAGCCUAUGUUGGAAUCGCACUCCACCCACCGUAUCCUGUGCUAGUUGUCCUCUUCAUCUUUGCAGGCUUUGGAAACGGCAUCUUGGACGCAGCAUGGAAUGCCUGGGUUGGGAAUAUGGCGAAUGCGAACGAAAUCCUUGGCUUCUUGCAUGGUCUCUACGGUCUUGGGGCUGUUCUUAGCCCGCUCGCAGCAACCAGUCUUAUCACCAAGAAUGAGUGGCAAUGGUACCAGUUUUACUAUAUCAUGCUUGGUGGCGCAGUGAUGGAGCUCGCGACAUCACUUUGGGCAUUCUGGCCAAUCUCUGGUCGUGUGUAUCGCGCAAAAAACCCUCGGACGACUAUAGGCGGGGGAAGCCGCCUGAGACAAGCACUCAAAAGCCGCGUGACCUGGGUCGCGUCCAUAUUUCUUCUUGGUUAUGUCGGAGCGGAAGUUGCUCUUGGUGGCUGGAUUGUUACCUUUAUGCGACGGGAACGUGCAGGUAGCGAUUUCGAGUCUGGUAUGGUAGCCACCGGGUUCUGGACUGGCAUUACUGUUGGCCGCCUUAUACUCGGCUUCAUUACCCCCAAGCUCGGCGAAAAACUCGCAAUAAUAAUUUAUAUUGCUGCAGCCAUAAUAUGUCAGUUAAUGUUUUGGCUGGUCCCGUCGUUCCACGUGUCAGCGGUCUUUGUCGCACUCCAAGGCUUCUUUCUUGGUCCUCUAUUUCCCGCCAUCAUCGUUGCAGCAACUAAAGUUCUUCCUCCGUACCUGCAUGUGUCAGCAAUUGGCUUUGCAGCUGCAUUCGGCGGAGGAGGAGGUGCCGUGCUUCCUUUUGGCAUUGGUUCCUUGGCCCAAGCCAAGGGUGUGAGCGUUCUACAGCCCAUUAUUCUAGCUGUGCUUGCAAUCCUGUUAUUUCUCUGGAUGUGCUUCCCAAAGCUAGAAAAGAAGAUGAUAGAAGGCAACUUGUUAGCGCCGAGGCAGGAGCCGCAGAGAAAACAAUGGGUUUAUAUUGAUUUUGAUCUGGUAGACGCGGGCAGGCGGACUAUUAGAAAAGCUCGGGGUGGGUGA